AUGCUUGCGGAAUCCAAUGGCAGUCCUUAUGCUGGAGAUGCACCUAAGCUCCGGACUGCAUGCGAAAAUUGCCGCCAAUCUAAGGUGAAAUGCAAUCUGUCUGGCAAGAGUGUCUGCACCCGUUGCCUGCGCCACGGCUUACAGUGCCAAUACGGAUUCGCCAACCGAUCCGGCAAACCGAAGGGUAGCAAGAACCGGGCCACUCUACGCAAAUUAGGUCAACUACAAGAGGAGAAGCCGGCCAUGCGUGGCUUUCGUAGUAGUCGGCUUGUGGCUCCUGUGGCCGACUUGGAACCACUCGGUAGUGCCUAUGGGAAUCACACUGCCGACCCAGAAAUCGACGACGAAGUCCGUUUGAUAUCAAACCAACCCGGGUUCUGGGAAAGUCCCCGAAGCUUUGGAAAUACAACAACACUAGAAUCCUCCGUCUGCCCUGGACAAUUGUCAACAGUCGAAGGCUCACCAUUCACCGACCUCGUGGACCCCUGUCCAGCUAUCCCAACUGGUAUAGGGUAUCCACAUACACCAGUCACGCCGACGUUUCUAUCCGGGGAGUCACUAGCAGAAGGGAUAGCCAGCCCAUCAUUGGCAGGCUCAGUGGCAUCACCAUACCCACUCUCGCCAUGCGAGUGUCUGGACAUGCAACUGUUCCACAUGAACCGGCUGAACCACCUCCUGGCCGGGUCUUUACCACUCCGACUCGACCACAGCCUGCAGACAAUCAAAUGCACAUUCUGCACCUGCCAAAUGUUCCUACAAUGUACCAAAUGCGCCAAAGACAGCACAAACCUCCUUCUAACCAUCUCGGUCCUCAACCUCACGCUCCAGCUAUUCGAAUACUGGGUUUCGCGCGAAACACCUCGCGUCCCACGACCAGAACAUGGCAUCGACAUCCGCUACGGAUACUACGAGAUCUGCCGCGAAGAAAACCGUCAGAUCCGCAAUUUUCUGUUGCGAGGCUUACUGCUGCAAUGUAGAGAGGUAUUGCUGGCACUGAAGAUCGCUGCUACCGCCACCGAUCUCCAAAUCCCCACUUUGAACGAGGACGAACCGUCCGAAACGAAAGCGCCGGAAGAACACAUCGCCCACUGGGUUCCUUCUGAUCAUUUUGGUCUACUCCCUGGUCUAGAUGCCCAGCUUUCAUCUGGUACGCCCAGAAGUGAAGGUCUGCUCCCUAUCAUUGCUGGCUACGAAGCUACCGUGUCGGCAUUUCUACAAUCGACUUCGUGGGGGGAAUGUAUUUGCGGUUCUGGACGGGUGAUGCGCGACGAGUCUCUUUGA